AUGCCACCAACACCAACAAGCCACACAAUCUUCGACCCGUGGAACUCCGCCUCAACAGGGCACCAGCGCGCUGAGAACCCUUACUCGAAUACCACCAGCUGGCGCGAGACCCGGCAAGCAAAACUUGCGAUUCAGUUUGCCUCGUCGUCGGGCGACUGUGCAGGCGACGGCACUCCCACUACCGAAACCAACAGUGGAAGUAAAGCGGAAGGAGGAGGAGAAUGGAAAUGGCUCUCCGCGACCGAGGCGCAUCGCAACCAGCUCGGAUGCAGGGAUAUCCGGACGAUGAUGGGGGGGAGCAAGAAGCGUCCUUCCGCCGCUUCUACUAUCGAUGAAGAUGACGCAGGUAGAUGUAAGAAAGCGAGGGUGGAGAGGGAGAUCCUCUGCCAGACACCCGCAUCCGAACCCGCAUCCAAACCAGAGAAUAAACCCCAGGGCGAAGACAAAGACGGAGUGAGGAAGAUACUCACAGGAACAACCAUCUACAUCAACGGGUCCACAAUGCCGCAUAUCUCCGACCAUAGACUCAAGUCCCUCCUUGUGCUGCACGGCGCGGAGGUUGCCAUAUCCCUGUCCAGAAGGACCGUCACGCAUGUUAUCGUCGGCAGGCCGAAUGGCGGGCCUGGUAGUCGAGCGGGAGCCGGGGGAGGACUCGCGGCGGGGAAGUUGCAGAGGGAGAUUGAAAGGGGUGGGUGGAGGGGGGUUAAGGUUGUUGGUGUUGAGUGGGCGCUGGAGAGUAUCAAGGCGGGGAAGAGGCUUUCGGAGGGGCGGUUUGCGAUGGAUUUGGGGUCUGGUGGGCAGAGGAGUGUGAUGGGGAUGUUUCGACAGGUAUGA